GAGGCGAGCAUAGCAACGGGGCGGUUUAGUUCUAGUCCCGUGAUUGGCAUUGUUGUGGCGUGACGUCAGCGGAAACGGGGCGAGCAGGAAGUAGCAGGCCAAAACAAGAUGGCGGCGGAAAGCAGCGUCCUGGAACCGGAGCUGGAUGCUUCUGAUGUCCCAGAAGAUCAGAUGACUGCAGAAGAGUUGGCUGCGCACAAAAGAGAGGCGCGCCUUCGGAAAUUCCGAGAGCUUCAUUUAAAAAGGAACGAAGCCCGCAAAUUAAAUCACCAAGAAGUUGUGGAAGAGGAUAAAAGGUUGAAGUUGCCAGCAAACUGGGAAGCGAAAAAAGCUCGUUUAGAAUGGGAGCUAAAGGUAGAAGAAAAGAAAAAGGAUUGUGUGGCAAAAGGAGAAGAUUACGAGAGAGUGAAGCUGUUAGAAAUCAGCGCAGAGGAUGCAGAGCGAUUUGAGAGGAAGAAGAAGAAGAAAAAUCCCGAUCUUGGGUUUUCAGAUUAUGCAGCUGCUCAAUUACGCCAGUAUCAGAGGUUGACCAAGCAGAUCAGACCUGACCUGGAGAAGUAUGAAAAGCUGAGAGAAGAAAGCGGUGAAGAAUUUUACCCAACUGCAAACAGUCUUCUUCAUGGAACCCACGUGCCCUGCAAAGAAGGGGUUGACAGGAUGGUUUCGGAUCUUGAGAAACAAAUCCAAAAACGUGAAAAAUACAGCAGAAGACGUUCUUACAAUGACGAUGCAGAUAUCGACUACAUCAAUGAACGGAAUGCGAAGUUCAAUAAGAAGGCGGAGCGGUUCUAUGGGAAAUAUACUGCAGAAAUCAAACAGAACUUGGAAAGAGGAACUGCUGUCUAGGAGAUUCAGGCUAUAGCUCAGAAACAUGGUCAUCCAGUCUUUCCAAAUGAUUCUGCGUUUAAAACCCGUUCUAUAAAGGGACUUCUAAAACAAUGGAAAGAUGAGGCUUGUCUGAGAUUAUUUCUGUAAUAAAAUCACAUUAGAAUUCUCUGUCCUGUAAAUAAAAUACUAGUGGAACAUUGGAAAAGUAAUUGUUUGGAUUUCUAGAUCACGAGAUGCCCAUGAGCAUGUCCAGUUUUUCCUUAUUAACCAUAAAUGAAGAUAAGUUCAAUUUGUGUAUUAAUUUGGUUAUUAAGUUCAAUUUUAAUGUUACUUUGUUGUAUCAGAAGUUUCUAUGUAACCGCAUUUUGUGUAAUAAGAUGGAUUUUUGUUACAGUUUUGAGUAUAAAGUUCACCAAUAUAAUUACAUUACUUA